GAGGCCAAGAUCAGCCAGGCCUCUGGGGAGGACGCCCUUAAGCAUGCCAUCGACGCAGCUGAGCUCUACAUGAAGGCUGUCAGAGAGGCCCCAACCACGGCCGAAAAGUCGCGCCUGAGACGCAAAUGCCAGGACCUCAUCGCACUCGCCGAGACCCUCAAGGCUCCUCAGCGCAGGCCAACUCCCACAGCAGCAGCAGCGCCACAGCCCCGCCUGUCUCGAGAGCUUCCCACGAGUGAGAAGACCAUCCUGCUAAGGUCAUCCAAGCUCCAUGGCAGCGUGUUUCCGCCGUGGGAGAGCGAUCCAGACCCUGCCGUCUUCAGGAGCAAAAGGCUGGAUGAGCCCCCCUUUAGAGACACUUCCGUCUUCUCGUUCUCAUCCAAACAGGAGGAGAUCUUUGACGGCUGGAAACGGCCUGCCGAGAUGUUCAACGACUCUGGACCGGAGCUCUAUGAAAACAUCAUGGUUGCCAAGGCGGAUUGUGACCUCGUGCAGGACAUCACGACAGACUGCUCAGUGGUUGCAAGCUUGUGUGCCGUCAUGAGACAUCUGAAGCCCGGCAAGAAGGAUUCCCUGCUCCCGACAUUGCUGUACCCCUUUGACCACGACAGGGACAGGCCCGUUGCCUCUCAGAAUGGCAAGUAUAUGUUUCGGCUCAACUUCAACGGCUGCUUCAGGCAGGUUGUUGUCGAUGACCGUCUGCCGGCCGCCAAGACCUCACGCACCUUCUUCGUCGUCGAUCGGAGAAACCCGGAGCUCAUAUGGCCGGCGCUGAUGGAGAAGGCCUAUCUGAAGAUCCGUGGUGGUUAUGACUUUCCGGGCAGCAACUCAGGAACGGAUCUCUGGGUGCUCACGGGAUGGAUACCAGAGCAGAUCUUUCUGCAGAGGCAUCUCGACCAGACAUGGAAACGCACCAAGUCGGCCUUUGGGUUCGGUGAUGUCGUCGUGACUCUCGGCACAGGUCGGCUCUCCCGCCAGGAGGAAGAGACGCUGGGCCUGGCCGGUGAGCACGACUAUGCGGUGAUGGACCUCAAGGUCUCGGACACGGGCGAGAGGCGCAUGCUUCUCAAGAACCCAUGGUGUGACGGGCUCGUCUGGAAGGGCGUCGGGUCCACGGCCACCCAGUCUGGCUCCACACACGAGGAGAUGACGGGCACCUUCUGGAUCUCCUUCGAGGACGUAGUGCAGAACUUCGAGUCUCUCUACCUCAACUGGAACCCAGCACUCUUCACGGACCGCCAGGACCACCACUUCGUCUGGGAGCUCCCCUCGCGUGCCAUGCAGCGCUCCUUUGCGCACAACCCCCAGUACAGCUUCACGUCGCCUGCCUCUGGCGCCGUCUGGAUCCUGCUCUCGCGCCACUUCCAGGACGACGAGCUCCCUAUCUCGCGGUCCCGCGCCGCACGUCAGCCACCCACGACCUCGCUGGCCGACGUUGCCAACAGUCUUGGCUUCAUGUCCAUCUACCUCUUCGACGCCGCUCAGGGCCGCCGCGUGCAGCUCCCCGGCAACCCUCCGCCGGCCCACCAGUCCCCCUUUGUCGACUCGCCUCAGACGCUCCUCCGGGUCACCGCCCAGCCCAACACGCCCUACACCGUCGUCGUCGCGCAGGAGGGGUUCCCCCUGCCCCGCUACGCCUUCACUCUGUCCUUCUUCUCUCGCGCCCCUCUCUCCAUCUCGCGCGCUCUCCCGCCCCUGGAACACUACACCGAGGUCGCCGGCGCCUGGACCCGCCGCACUGCUGGUGGCAAUGCCCGUACUGCCACUUUCCUGCACAAUCCCCAGUAUACCCUCUGCGUGCCAUGCCCUACGCCCCUAUCUCUCCUCCUCACCACCGACGCCGAUGACGUCCCCGUCCACGUGGACCUCGUAUGGGCAUCGUCAACAGCCCCAGACGGCUCCCGCCCUCGUCGUAUUACCACCCUUGCGGCUCGCGAUGUCGCUGCCGGCUCAGGCGAGUACCGCCGCGGCUGCGCCCUCGCCGAGCUCCCUGCCCAGCAGCAGCCGCCCGGCCCCGCCUCCUACACCGUUGUCGUCUCCACAUUCGAGCCAGGCCAGCUCGGCGGCUUUGUCCUGCGCGUCGGCAGCGGCGCUCCCGUGUCCCUGCGGCCCGUGGCUCCCGACGCCGCUGGACGGCUUCGCGCUGAACUCGCCCCCGUCACCUUUCGCGAAGGCGAGCCAGAGCGCAAGCGUGCCGCCCUCCACGUCGCCCGACUUACCCGCGCGUCCAUCGUUGCGAGAAGUGGUUUUCUCGGGGGUGGCGGACCAACAGCAGCCGCAACAGCAGCAGCAAUAGCGGUAGGGUUGGCCAGCCCCGGCGAUCGUGGCACGGCGCGGUCCUCUGGUGCCGCGAGCCCCAUCAGCGUGCCCGUCUCCGUGCGCGUGAGUAUCGAGUACGGCAGUGGGCCGCACGCGCGCAUGGCGGCGACCACAGGGGAAGGCGAGUUUGCAGACGCAAGCAUGGGCCUGCGCACCGAAGAAGUCGACCUGGACCCAGAGGCAGCGCGGCGGAUGGGCGGGCUGUGGCUUGUUGUUGAGCAGAUGGGAGCGCACCGGCUGGGACAGGGAAUCCAGGUGGAUGUGCUUAGCGACGGGAGGGUUGGGGUGGGAGAUUGGGAGGUUGUGGAUGUAUGA